UGUACACUGCGCGAACCAACUGCGUAUCACGAAGUUUUGAUACUGUAGAAAAGCUUCCACUAACCUGGUGAUAUCAGACAAAAAUCUGAAAAGUGUCUUGGAGAAUCCUCAUCACCAUCAGCCAGGGAAUAUCAAGAGAGGUCAUUGCGUUGCCGCUCCAUAACCUGAAAAUUCUAGGUCCCGGCAUCCCAACACCUCACUCACUCGUAUCAAGACCCCAUCUCCCCUCUCCACCAAGAGGGGUCCCUUUUGAAAAGAUGUCGAGUGAUGGGCAUGAACCAACAACAAUGACCUUUGAACUGCUCAAGACCGCCGUUAAGGAUGGCGGUGCCAGACUCGGUCGUUUGGCCUUCCCAGGUCGUCGUACUGUCGACACCCCCAACUUCUUCGGCCUUACCUCGAGAGGUGUCAUCCCUCACGUAACCCCAGACAAUGUCGAGAAGCACUUACAUACCAAUGGCACUUACAUGGCCUUGGAGGACUUCAUUGAGCGCCCUCAGCAAAACAUGACCCGCCCACCCCCCAUCUAUGAGACUCCCUCGCCCAUCAACAAGCCCCUAAACAGCUUCACGGCCAUGCCCUCCUCCAUCAUCACCGUUCUCGGCUCCAGGAGGCUUCCCGCCGUCUCCUCCCCCAUGGGCAACACCAACCAGACCGUCUCCGUCUUCACCUCCACCGGCUUCCAAGCCGUCACCACAAAGCAGUACAUCAACGCCAUCCAGACUCUCAACCCAGACAUCGCCAUUCCCCUCGCCGACCUCACCCACAAGACCAGCACGCCCACCUCCAAGCGCGCCCUCCGCAUGGCCGAGCGCGCCGACGACUGGAUCAAGGAGUGGUUCACCGAGAUGUACGGUCCAAAGUCCAACAAGGAGCCCUCCAAAAUCGCAACUUUUGCCCCCGUGCUCCCCAUCAGCUACUCCAUCCAAUGGGAAUACAUCGAGCGUUUGUCGGAAGAGCACGCAUCCAACCCCCGCGUCCUCUCGGGCCUAGCCGUCUACGACGCCGACUUGAUCCCCGACGUCUCGACCUCUUACCAAAACCUCGACUCCCUCCCCCGCUUGGCUCUCACCACGCCAUCCACGCCUCACCAAGUCCUCCGCCAGCUUUCCUUGGGAAUGGACAUCUUCCUCCUCCCCUUCCUCUCCACCGCCUCCGACGCCGGCAUCGCUUUGUCAUUCACCUUCCCCCCUCCUGCAUCCGAAUCAUCGGGGCUCCUCCCCUUGGGAAUCGACAUGUCCUCCCCCGAGCACUCCAUCUCCCUUGAGCCUCUGACUGAAUCCUGCACCUGCUACGCCUGCACCACGCACCACCGGGCUUUCGUCCAGCACUUGCUUGGCGCCAGAGAAAUGCUGGGUUGGACUUUGUUGCAAAUUCACAACCACGCUGUGCUGGCUUCCUUCUUCGCUUCCAUCCGCGAGGCGCUUGCGGAUGGUACCUUUGAAGACAAAGCGCGGCAGUUCGCAUUGAGGUACGAACCUGAGAUCCCUCAGGGUUUGGGAGAGAGGCCGAGGGCGAGGGGAUAUCACUUCAAGAGCGAGGGGCCGGGCGAGCAGAAGAAGAAUAAGCCUGGUUGGAGCAAGUUUGAGGGUGAGGAGGGUGCUAAGAACAUUGAGGAGAAGGUUGCGGAUCUUAGGAUAGACGACGAGCAGAGUGGUGCUUCGGGUUUGGGAUCGGGUGUGGAUUCGGUGGCUGAGACGCCGUUGGUCCCGGAUGAGAAUGCUGAUGCGAAGGAUUUGGAGGAGAAGGGGUUUGCGGAGAAGGUGGUGGAGGAGGAGAAGAAGUGAUCGACUAAACGAGAUACCAACAGAAGAAGAAAAGAAAUAAGUGCAUUUUAGGCAUGGUCUCUUUGAAAAAGCCAUAAGAAUUAUGUAUGGCCUAGGUGUGAAGCUGGCAAUAGCAAGGACAUGUUGACCUCUAACAGAUCUCUUUGCGCUCGUCACGUUCUAUCCUAGAAGACUUCAUCCAUCAAUAUUCCUUUCUUAUCUUGAUUAAUGAACCGUUC